AGUUAUUGAUUCUGCCGAUUGCUGCGUAUAUAGGCCAAUAUUCCACUGUCCGGGAGCGUUGUCACGUCGCGUUCAGCUGUGGUCCUCUCUAGGGACCCCUUCCGGACUCAGGGAUAUAAAGCGUGAGUUUCGCCCCUCCCGGACCAUUUGAGCUCAGCGUGGCCCGAUGCGCCUCCGCUGCGCUUCAUGGAUGCUUCGGCAGUAGAGCAUCCUCAUCCUUGCCCCGCUCGGAGGAGAGCACACUGAAACAGUAACGGGACGUGUGGAGACAUAUCUUUGCAGUCUAUUUAGUGUAACAGGUAGAGGGCUGCCAUGGCUAACAGAGGGCCCAGUUAUGGACUGAGUAAAGAAGUGCAGGAGAAAAUUGACCAGAAGUAUGAUCCCGAUUUAGAGCAAAAACUGGUGGAUUGGAUCAUGGCUCAGUGCGGGGGGAACCUGGACAAGCCACAGCCGGGCAAACAGAACUUCCAAAAAUGGCUGAUGGAUGGAACAAUCCUCUGCCGACUCAUCAACAGCCUUUAUCCGAGAGGAAAGGAGCCCAUCAAAAAGAUCCCAGAGACGCAGAUGGCCUUCAAACAAAUGGAGAAAAUAUCACAGUUCCUCCAGGCUGCUGAAGCUUAUGGUGUCACCACAACAGACAUCUUUCAAACUGUGGAUCUAUGGGAAGGAAAGGAUAUGGCCGCAGUUCAAAGGACACUAAUGGCUCUUGGGAGUUUGGCUGUGACCAAAGAUGAUGGACAUUACAAAGGAGAUCACGACUGGUUUCACAAAAAAUCCCAAGGCUACAGACGAGAGUUCACAGAGGAGCAGCUACGCCAGGGCCAAAGCCUGAUUGGGCUGCAAAUGGGGAGCAACCGUGGUGCUUCCCAGUCCGGUAUGACAGGCUAUGGUAUGCAUCGUCAGAUAAUGUAGACUUAAGACCACUCUGACUACCUAACCGUAUUUAACAACUCCUCUGCUUGUAGCUCUUAUUUUUACUAACACCACAAGUGUUGUAGCCCCAAAGCCUUCCUCUCGCUAUGCUAACCUCAACUUCCCUGGAAUUGCUGCUUUUUUAAACUAAAUAUUUUAAAUGAUGUCAGAUU